AUGGAUAUCCCCAUCUUGGAUGUCUCUGCUGCCUUGAGUGAGGAUGACUAUAUGAACUUAGCUGUGGUUAAUGUCUCCGACUCUCAGGCAAUGGAAACGUCUCUUCCGCUACUAGAGGGGCCAGUCCAAGUCUUCAAGGUAGGUGGGGAUGAGAACGAUAUUCGGGACAUCAAUUCGUGGGGUUCUGAGAAGGUGGCUAUCAAGGAGUCUGAAUGGGAUGGAUCGGGAAGCUUCAAGUUCCAGAAACAUAGCUUUACGUUGCUAAGAUGGAAGGUCAACCCCUCUCGUCCAAACUUAGAUGGCGUCGUGGAGGUAACGAAGGCGCUGUCAGGCUGGCGUUCUCAACUCCUUGCAUAG